AUGGCAGUAAUUCAAAAACAUGGCAAGAACUAUGGUCCAGAUUUGCUCUGUCACAAGGAGAACCAUCCGGCCGACAAGCUUGGAGUAUCUGGAUGUCACAAGAAGUGGGCUGAACACAACAAUAACUGGUCAAGGCCGGUGGCAAGGGUAUGGACAGUGGUGCUCCUACUUGGUACGUGCCUCCUCUACUGUGCUCGGGUGGCCAUGCCCAUCUGUGCGGUCAGCAUGGCGGAGAAGUUCAACUGGAGCAAGAGGGAGUCUGGCAUGGUUCUGGGAAGCUUCUUUUGGGGUUACUGCUUCACGCAAGUGUUUGGAGGCUACGUCAGUGACCGGGUGGGAGGAGAAAAAGUCCUCCUGCUCUCUGCAGCUGCCUGGGGCUCCAUGACAGCCUUCACUCCCAUCUUGGCCCAUUUUUGCUCCCAGCCGAUCUUCUCAAUGACACUGGCUCGCUUUCUCAUGGGCCUUUUACAAGGUGUUCAUUACCCUUCUUUGGCAAGCCUGUGCUCUCAGAAGGUGGUGGAGAGUGAGAGAGGCUUCCUCAUGAGCACCGUGGGCAGCGGCUCUUACCUGGGGACCCUUGUAAUUGGAGGGGCUGGUUCCCUCAUGCUGGACUUGUACGGCUGGGAGAGCGUCUUCUAUGUGUCGGGUUUGCUGGCAGUAACGUGGGCAUACUGCAUGUGGAAAUACUUACUCAAAGGAGAAGGGCCAAUCAUCACGCUGGAGUCUUUGGGAAAUGGUGGUCCACAGUCCAAAUUGACCAAGAGGCACUGGUUGCGGCUCUUCAAACAACCUGCAGUCUGCGCCGUGAUCAUUACACACCUUUGCACAGCGAGCACAUUCUUCACUUUGUUGUCAUGGCUGCCAACCUUCUUUAAAGACACCUUCCCUGAUGCUAAGGGUUGGGUGUUCAAUGUCAUUCCUUGGUUGGUAGCAAUCCCCUCAUCGGUCUUUAGCGGCUACCUGUCGGACCACCUCGUAAGCCAAGGCUUUGACACGGCCUUUGUGAGGAAGUUAAUGCAGUUUUUUUCGAUGGGGGUUUCCAGCGUGUUUACCCUGCUUUUGUGCGGCAACACCACGUUCUCCUGGGCCAUAGCGUUUGUGUCGGCCACAAUGGGCCUCACCACCUUCAGUCACAGUGGGGUAUCUGUAAACGUUCAAGAUCUCGCUCCAUCUUGUGCAGGGGCCUUGUUCGGUGUUAUGAACACAUGCGGCGCAUUCUCAGGGGUCCUUAUGGUGUAUUUCUCAGGGUAUCUCAUCGAGACCACAGGCUCAUGGUCGUCCGUGUUUGGCCUCAUCACCGUCGUCAAUCUGCUUGGCCUUUGCAUCUUCUUGGUCUUUGCUGAGGCCCGCCGCAUUGACAUUGACCCUAGCAAGAUACGCAAUCACCACAUCCAUAUUUGAACACUUUGUCCAAGACUGGACUUCAUUAUCCUGUGGAAGACCUGCAUUGUCUGCACAGGUCUGUCUGUCUGUCUAUCCCUCUCUCUCGCGCUCUCUUGCUUUCUAGAUCGUUUGCUCUCUUAGCUGUCUUCCAUGCACACACUCUGCACCGUCCUUUUGUUGCUCACAUAGAUACACAACCUCAAAUCAUAAAAACACCAGCGUGAUGUCAGGGUACUGUUCAGAGAGGCUGUUGUUUUAUCAAGGCUUUCAGGAUGAACAAAAAGCACAUCAUGGUUAAAUGUUAUUUAAAGUAGCUUCAUUUUUAGUUCGGAAGAGGAGUUUGCCAAUUUCAAAAAUGUUUGUCAGAACAGUCAUUAUGACUUGGCAGCAGUGCCCGAUAAAUAUGAUCAGUGAAACUGUCCGGCCCCAUUUUGUACCUCGUAUUUAGACCCUAACAUACUCCUACUCCCUUACUGGUGAAUUUUUGGGCCUGCAAAAACAAACUUAACCCCUUUAAUAGAUCAUUUUAGAAUCAAUCAUCCUAUCAAUCAUUUCGUCAAUUGUACAUUCUAACUAAUGAUGGUAGUAAUACACAUUACCUUGAGUCAUAGGCAGGGGCCUGCCAGUUCCUAUUAUCUUAUUAUACUUGAUUUUUGCCUUUAUUAUUGAGCGACUUUAAUAAUAAUAAUAAUAAUUUAAACGUACACCUCCUUGGAAGAAAAAGUCACAGUCCAACAAAUGAGGAACUGAAUUUGAUUAAAAAUGUGGAGUGCUUACAUCAGAGCAGCUACACCAUACGAUGGGUACCAAAUUUUGCGUAGUGAAAACUAUUUGAUGACGACGUAAUAAGACAGUGACACAAAAAGACCACCAGAUGGUAAUAUAUUACAAGAUUUGUUUGACAGUGCAGGAUUUUAGAAAAAUCACUUUCUUCGCUUUUGCCAGAUCCUGCUUAAAGAAACAAUUUUUUUUCCCCUUUUUAACAUUCACAAUUAGUCUGAAUAUAGAGAUUACACAAAGCGAAAAUGGAGACCCUUAUCUUUGGCAGUGUGCCGAAGCGUAUUCAGUCAACACUUGAACAAUAUCCGGGACGGCCGUAAACCCACUAUAAUCGAUCCAUUUUUAUUUUUUUUUUAUCUUUUAACUUUCUCAUCCUUCGUCCCAUUCCACAACCGUCUCUGGGACUAAAUGCCCACCUCUGAUCAAAAUUGUAUCCCAACUGUUGAUCCAGAUUUUAAUUUUAGCCUUGGUGGCGUUCUGCACUUUGAAUGCUCCUCGUUUAUAAAAAAAAAAAAAAAAAAUGCUUUUGAAAUGCCAACUCAUUGUCUAGUUACGCAAUGCUUUAAGCGUUUGGUUGUUCUGCCUCUUUUGUUUUCGUGUGAGUUGUUGGCAGCGCUCUUUUGUCCUCUAACUUGUUUGUUUCCCAUCAACAUGGUUACAUGUUUCGUUCCAUUGAGGUGAAAAGGCUUUGAGAUAACGAGUGAGUCCUACCUGUUGCAACAAAUGUUCAAAAGCAGAAAGACCAAAGUUACUGAAAAUGUACAUUUUUUUUUUUUUAUAGUUUCAUGAUGUAGAAAUACCUCCUUUAAUUAUUUUUCAAUAAAGUACUUCUAUAUUUUUAUGGCUUAAGAUAUAUUUGGUUUAUAUUUUCAAACUGAAUGAAUAUAUUAAGUUGCGAUGGUACGGUAAAAGAAGCCCGAUAGACCUGACUAGUUUUUAUUUGAAUCUCGCUUUUGUGAAAGCACUUAUUGUCGUCAUCGAUAUUUGACUUAUUUGGGAGAUGUCUCCUCCUCCUCCUUUGCUUAACUGUGAGCUUGUUGCACACUGACAUGAUGAAUGUUGCACAUGCUGCAAGACAAUGAGAGAUCUUCAGUUUGUAGAACAGCGAAGACUCUUUUGUAUUGCACAUCCAGAAAUGGUAAAUUAUUGCUUGUAGCAUUUACGCUUGGAAGUUUUAAUAUUUAGUUCUUGACUUUGCUAAUCUAUGCAUAGACGUUUUUGUGCCUGCUUGAGACUCACAGUGAUCUGAUCAUUAUGUCACAACUGUUACUGUGUAUCGGCUUGACCUUCACAUACAAAGGCACAGCUUUGUAUGCAUCUUAUAAUGGCUGUUUUUUGUAAUCACAUAUCAAAUUUCUUGUCAUCUCAAAUAUGGUUAGAUUGUUUUGUGUCACAGUAUAAAUGUCAUUACUCUUCUUAAUCACAUGCUGCCUGUGUAUAGGGUUAGCACUAGAAAACGGGAUAAGGCUAGUUAGGUCAUAGACUUUUACAUAAUUGAUCAUGAAUCGCCACACUCUUGAACGUGCACAUUUGCUGUACCUUGUUAACGUUCCUCAAUGUGAAUGCCUUGAACACAUUUGUUCCAUUAUCUGUUCAACAAAUAUGGUAAUCCUCUGAUGUUUCAAGUUUUUCACUUUUACUGUAUUGGUUAUAUUUUUUCUUACCUGCUCUCUGUCACUCAACCCCCAAACUGUAACAUUACUAAUUGCUCAGUGUGGUUCCUGACAGCUCUCCCGGAUUUUGCCUUUAAAAAAAUAACAGUAUUACUGCAAAAAUGCAGUAUUGUAAAAUUCAACUUAUGCUGUUAUUUAAAAGCACGUCUUAACUUGGAAUAAAAAAAACAACGUAUUUUCUCAACACUGUAA